CAUCUUUUCUGAAGAGACAGGACCCAGACGCGGCACGAGAAAGAAGUCCGAACGAAGCAUUCAGGAACCUGAUUGCCGCAAGUCCACGCACAGUCACAUUGUUUUAUUAGCAUGCCUAGUUCGACAUUAUACCUACCGUUCAAGGUGCCCGUUCGCUACGAUUUGGUGCAACCGCUCGCAAAUUGGUUGGACAACGACGAYUCCCACGUGGCCUUCCACAAGGAGAACAUCGGCAAUAGUURCGCGGGAGUCGAUGCGGCCCCCGCCAUGAUCGUUCCGAAACCAGCCUACAAUUCGGUCCAGUGUCGGUCGGAAUUGCUCCGCAUAGCAGCCCUGCGGAAUUGCAUGUCGGAAGCCCUGCAGGAUUCCCACAGGACCGCCCUGGAGGAGCACGAAAUGCUCCGAGACUGCCAGGAUUAUCACGCCACCCUCUUGGAAUUCGAAAAGCGCGGCUUUCCCACGGGUGGAGGUGGCGACGCCGACGAAGAAAACGGGAUCGAUCUKACCUGGAGGGGCGCCUUUUCGGACGACGACGAUCAUGGUGCUCAAAAAGCGGGUUGCGGUGGAAACGGGGUUCCAGAAACACACCACACACUGCUGUGGGAUCGGGCGUGCACGCUGUGGAAUAUUGCUGCCCUGCGGUCUGCAUCYGCCGCCCUGGAGACGGACGACAAAACAAAAGAAGGCCUCAAGUCCGCGAUAUCGAGUCUGCAACAAGCAGCGAGCCACCUGUCUCUGUGUCGACAAAUCCUAGAUCAUUCCCGAGAGAAUGAAUACAUUUCCACGGUCGACCUCUCCAAGGCUAUGCUGCAGUUCUGGGAAAAAUUGUUGCUGGCACAGGCACAGACCUGCAUCUACAAACUKGCCAACCUCGGUGGUAGCUCUGUGCGUAACCACACCACCCUUGCGUACCUGAUCCAGGGGGCGGCCCCGCUCUACAACGAAGCACUGAUACUGGCACAGGAUCCCCGGUUGCAAUCGGAACUUCCGACGCGCUGCCGGGAAUGGGCGGCCCACUGUAAGGCCCGCUCGUUGGUCUGCCAGGCCCGGGCCUACUUUCACAUGUCCAUCGAAGGGCGCUUGACCAAAGCACACGGGCUGGAGAUCGGCCGUUUGAACCAAACUAUUUCGGCCCUCGAUUCGGUCCUGGAUUUUUGCAGGUCAACCCAGGUCCUGAAGGAAGCCAUUACUCUUGCGGGGGGAGGCAAAAGCGGCAAGGGUAGUGCGGCGAUAAGUCCCAUUGCGGAGGCUGCGGCCACUAUCCAACCAGAGGCGGAGGGAUUGUUGCGAUUGGCAUCGGAUCGACGAAAAGCAGCUGAGGAGGACAAUCGAACCGUCUACAUGGAGCAUAUUCCAAAGCCCAGAGACUUGCAGGAGAUACGGGCCCAAACCAUGGUCAAGACCGAUUUGCCCUUGCCCGAGACGAUGGUCAAACCCCGGACGAAUCUGUUUGGUUGGGAAUGAACUAUCGAAAGAGUCAAGACAAUCGAAAAAAGGAGGCAAUGGCCCCAAAAACGUGCAAUCUCAUACCCAGAUAUCAGCUAGCUAAAAUCUUUGUCUGGAAUUCGAAGACAUUGGGAUAUGCAAGGCCGRCAAUKACUUUAAAGUUUAAUGAUACCCCGCACAUGACGGAUGCUUACCGAACAUCACAUGUGUACAUUUUUUUGCUGUCUGCUAGCACGUUUGUAAUCGGUGUGCUUGUUGAACAUUUUGAAACGACGUGUUUUUCGAUGUAUGGAUGUCAACAGAGAGUGCAUUUUCGUGUUUUUAAAUUUGCUUGAAAGUUUGGAAAGAUUGAUAGAGAGUUACCGUGCCUUGAUUUUUUAUUUACAAAAAAGUAUGGUAGCUAUGACGGCUUCUAGAAAAUGACGAUGCAGUGAAGAAUGUAUGCUACCACAACAUGAAGGGAGUUCUUGGUAGACCUGCUAGAUGAAGCACUCAGGUUUCAGACUGGCAAAUGACCUUCUGUCUGCUACAGUGGCUGAAGAAAGCAAGGAGAGAGUCAUCAGUGAUAGGCUUCAGACAUUUGUCAAGUUGGGUCAACAAGAUGAAGUUUAUGUUUGAACAGGUGCUUAUAGAGAAAUCAAUCAAUUACCACCCA